CAGCGAGACGCGCACUCGCCUGCCACUUUCUGCCCCGCACCUUCGUCUCUGCGUCGCCUGCACGCGCUCUUCCUCUCUCCCACAAGACUUCCUCGCCGCUCCUGUUGCCGCUUCGUCUCAACGCACUCUCUCUCACAGCAGCCUGCCCAGCCGCAAGGCCAGCGCGUCAGUCACGAUGGCCUCUUCCUCAUCUUCGCGCCCAGCGCCCAGCGCCGCCGAUGCCGCGCUUCUGCGCGCUGCUGUUGAGGCCACACAGGCAGAAGAUAUCUCGCGCGAGGAGCAGGAGCGCUUGAUCGCUGCAACGGGCAUUCUGGAGCGGCUACCGCCGGACUUCAUCCCCUUCGAUCCAGAGAACAAGCAGCCCUUCACCUCUGCGCGACCAGCCGAUCGGCGAGACGGCAUGCGUCCCUCGGAGCUACGGGCGCAGCUGGCGCGUGAGAGUGCAGGACGCCCUGCGGUGGAGUGGGCAAGCUCAGACGAGGAGGAGGAAGGGGAGGGCAGUGAAGUGGACAGCAUGGACAGCUAUGGUCAAGACGAUGCGACGUCCCUUGCACAAAGGCAGGAGGAGAGCGGCAUGCAUCCUGUCAUGGAGCAGACGCUCGAUCUGUUCAUCUGGGGCAUGCCCUUCGCAUUCAUGUUCGUCUUGAUGGACAUUAUGAUACAGCAGCAAUACGCGCAACACCCGACGGCACUCAGGGAGUUUGGCAGGCUGCUCGGGACACUGCCUUUCUUGCUCGUCUUCAUCUACUUCACGGCCAUUCGCAAGCCCCGCACGCCUCGAGGCCACUUCCUCAUGCAGACGUUCCUCACCGUCAUUUCAACAGUCAGCGGCGCCUCCUUCCUCUACAUCUACUCGAAGUCGCCGUACCAUCUCGUCAUCCGCCGCACACCGCCGCUGGGCACGCUGUGGAUGUACACCAUGGUGCGCCUCGACCUGGCGCCCAGCCUGGGCAGCCUGGCGGUCGUGUAUGGCUGCGUGCGCUACUGGGGCCUCAAGCUGUUCGAUUGAGCAGACGUGCGAGACGUGCGAUGGGCAUGAGAGGGGGAGGGUGCAAUGUCAUAGCUCAACACC